AUGGUGAGGAACAAUCAGAGCGUUUACCAGCAGAUGAUUGGUUGCUUGACAUAUGUUUCCACGGCCACGAGGCCAGAUAUAGCUGCAUCUAUCGGAGUCCUGUUACAGUUUAUGUCAGAUCCCAGCAAAACUCAUUUUCAAGGAGUGAAGCGAGUUUUAAGAUACAUAAAAGGGACAAUGAGUUAUGGUUUGAAAUUCAGUUGUGAUAAAAAUGAUGAAUUACAUGGGUACUCGGAUGCUGACUACGCCGUGAAAAUUUCAGAGACUAACAUCAGUCAAAACGAGCAAAAUUCGUCUGGAAUGAUCGGAAUGCAAAUUGUUGACAGCGCAAGUAAUAUGAGCCCCACAGUUAUUGAGGAAAACCAGACCAGCGUAGGUGAUGAAAUUAGCAAUGUAGCGGAAAGUUCCCCUGCGGUAAUUUCCGAGGAAUCUGUCAACACUCCCACCGAAGUAAGCCCAACAAAUGAGGAAAAUUUUCCGAAUCAAAUUACGUCCCAAUCUGAAGUAAAAAAUGAAUCUGAAAAUACACGAAGUCCCUGCGGGUUUCAAAUGGAAAAACCAAAGCUACCGAAAUUUUCGGGCGAGGUACGUGAAUAUGCAAUAUUUCGUGCGGAUUUCAAGCAUGCAAUUGAAUCGAGAUAUAGAAAACGAGAUUCAAUAACACUACUGCGAACUUGUUUGAAAGAGAAACCACUUGAAUUAACAAAAGGUAUUGGUUCUGAUUAUGAUGCAGCGUGGGAAUACUUAGAUUCAAUUUACAGGGACCCUCGGCGUUGUUUAAACACGUUGAAAGAGGUAGGCGUUCCGGGUGACAUGGAUAACAGCCACAUGCUAUCCAUAAUUGAACAAAAGAUGUGUACAGAUGAUCGAAAAGUGUGGUCGAGUAACUUAGAGAAAGAGCAAAAGCUCGCAACCCUUAAAGCGUUGAUGAAUUGGAUGACAAUUGAGAUGAAGUUGCGCGUGCGUGCAACAGCCCCAGUGAGGAGUGGUACCUCUUUCACUCGACGCAAAGUCAAUCAUGUCAAUGGUACAGUCACGGAAGAAAGUAAAAACCGAUUCAAAUGUUGGCUCUGCAAGAACUCAAAUCAUUGGCCGGACCAGUGUCAAAAAUUGGCAGCGAUGUCUGUUGAUGAGCGAAUAAAAGUUGCGAAAGAUAAUCACGUGUGUUUCAGCUGCUUGAAGAAAGCGGUCGGGAUCACCAUCAAGCAAAUUGCUGCAGGUGAAAGCAAUGCACCAAGUAUGAAAAUGGAGUUCAGUGCACAUCCAGUCACUAUCCGCUGGUGCACAAUGAUUUCUGCCAACAUUUGCGGAUCAAAUGGUCUCAACAAGCGGGGCAACGUUCUUCUGAAUUCUGGAGCUCAGAUAAGUCUAAUCCGCAGCGAAACGGCGGCGAGUCUCGGUCUGAAAGGGAAAGACAUCUCCGUUAACAUCAUAAAAAAAGGUGGAGAGGAAGAGUCAAUCUGCACAAAGAGCUACAAAGUUCAAGUAAGCAGAAUCGGAGAGUCAAAGAAGUACACAAUCACUGCAGUUGGAAUACCAUAUAUCAGUGAGGAUGUCAAAGGAAUCAAUACCAGGAAUGCAAUCGAAAAACUCGGACUACCAAAGGAUAAGGUGAAGCGUGGAAAGGGGCAAAUCGACUUACUUGUUGGAAUCGAUCGUGCAUACAUGCACACGGGUCAAACAAAGCAAGUCGAACAUGUGGUCGCGAGAGAAUCGCCACUCGGAUGGGUUCUGUUCGGAUCAUCAACAGGACAGUCAAACAAUGCAACAACAACUGUAUUACACGUGAGGUACCCAGAAGCAGAAGCAGUUGAUUUAUCAGAAUUUUGGGCAACCGAAGCCAUGGGAGUAACAGUAAAGCCGUGCACCUGUGAAACUGAAAAAUUGAGCCAAUCCGAAAGAGAAGAAAAGCAAGUGAUUGAACAGUCUGCAAAAAAGGUUGGAAAGCAGUGGAUGAUUCCAUAUUCAUGGAAGAAAACCCCCCAAGACUUACCAGACAACAAAAUCCAGGCAUUGAAACGACUAGAGUCAACUGAGCGUCGAUUAUUGAAAAUUCCUACGCAAGCAGCAGUGUACAACAACAAGAUGACAGAAAUGGAAAACAUGGGGUUUUCUCGAAAGUUAUCCGAGAAGGAAGUUAAAGAACAUAAAGAACCAGUCCAUUACAUCUCCCACCAUGCAGUUCUAUGGCCUUACAGUACAAGCACCCCAGUUCGCAUCGUUUUCAACUCGUCCGCUACGUUUCGAGGACAUAAGCUGAACGAUUAUUGGCAAAAGGGGCCUGAUCUUUUGAACUCUCUAUUCGGAGUUAUUCUCCGUUUUAGGGAAAAGAAAGUUGCCCUCACUGCUGAUAUCUCAAAUAUGUACCACCGAGUCCUUAUCCCCGUCGAAGACCAGCACGUACACCGAUUCCUAUGGAGGGAUUUAGAGAUUGAUAGACCACCGGACACUCGUUAA